CAGAUUCACUUAGGGACACGACGGAUGAUGAUUUGAGAUCUACGAGGGACGUUGAAUGCAACAUUAUUUCCUGUUUAAGGAUAUAUCGACUGUACCAGCUAAAGGCACUUUAAUGUAUUUUAUGUUGGGGCAUUUCCUUGACACUCAGUAUGAAACUGGCUUCCUGUGCUUUGGUCCGAUAGAAAGCUUACCGACAAUGUUUUGGGAAUAUUUCGACGCGGCUCCACGCCUCGGGAAUUCAGCAGGCGGCACGAGCGAGUGAGAGACAUGGACAACUCGGUCACCCUGUGGCAGUUCCUUCUCCAGCUCCUACUGGAUUCCAACAACGACCAGCUGAUCUGCUGGACCAAUGAGGAGGGGGAGUUUAAACUGCUGCAGGCGGAGGAGGUGGCGCGGCUGUGGGGCGCCCGCAAGAACAAGCCCAACAUGAACUAUGACAAACUCAGCAGGGCUCUCAGAUACUACUACGACAAGAACAUUAUAAAGAAGGUGAACGGUCAGAAGUUUGUGUAUCGCUUCGUUUCCUAUCCUGACAUACUCAAAGGAGAGGUCCCUACCCAAUCAGAGGGCGGGGAUGCCUCCGCUGAGGGCACCCCUCAGCUUUCAAAGAGGGGAGACAGCACCUCGCAGGAGGGAGAGUCAGGUGACCGCAGCAGCGCAGCCGCUCUGGGUUCCAGCAACAAGCAGUCGAACCGCAACGACUACAUCCACUCCGGCCUGUACACCUCCUUUACCCUCAACUCGCUGCAAAAUGGCCGCCAGCUCUUCAAGUCCAUCAAAAUAGAGAACCCAGCAGAGAAGUUCUCCGACAAGAGAGGUCCCGCCGCCUCGGCCCGGGAGCCGCCGCAGCAGCCGCCUGCGUUGCCGUCCGUCAUCAAGUUUGGGAACACGCCCCCGAAGCUGGCGCCAGCACAGUCGGCUCAGGCCGCCGUGGAGCCAACCCUGAUCCCCAACUACCUGGAUUCACUGCGAGCUCUGCCACCGAGGGCCGGGGACAUCCGCGCACACUCCUCCCUGACGCCGCAGUCUAUCUACUUGUUCGAGCACGUCCGCCCGGCGGAGCCCGCGUUCGGCCUCCCGGACCUGAUCUCGGCCAGCCUGUCGCCGAGCCUCGUCCCCGACUCCUCCCAGGAGCUGGUGAUCGACAGUGACAUGGAGUCGGGAUCUUCUCAGCCCGCAAACAGUCAGGCAGCGGAUCACUCCGACGCUCAGGCCCACGAGAAGCUGGGCAGUGACGUGGCUUUGUCUGGAGACGAGGCCGGUUUGGUGGACGCUGAGACCAGCUCGUCGUCACCCAGCAGCAGCACCGCGCUCAGCACUCUGUGCUCAGGGAAGUCCCGCAAGCCGCCGAAAAUCCUGCAGAUCAGCCCCCCGACUCUGCUGGUCACCGCCUCCGACUUCUCUCCCAUGAACCUUUGCAGCCCGUCUCUGCCGACAGCCUCUCUCACACCGGCAAUGCUGCAGACCCCCACUCUCCUGCUGACCCCCAGCCCUCUGCUGCCCAACAUCCACUUCUGGAGCACGCUCAGUCCAGUCGCCCCCGUCAGCCCGGCGACGCGACGCCAGGGAGCCCACCUGUUUCAGUUCCCAUCGGUCCUCAACCCUCAGUUCCAGAUCCCCAUGCACAGCAUGGAUGGGACCAACACGCCCGGCCCCAUUACCCCAGACCCUCAGAAGACAUAGGGUUAACCCCCCUUCUCUCUCACACACACACACACACCAUCCCCACGUCAAAGACUAAGACGUUGGAGCUCAGUCGUUGGCAUUCCUCAUCACUUUGGUGCUCACCGCCGCCGAAGUCACACUACAAUCAAGAGCGCGAGCGGAGGGAAGCCGAUGCGCGGCGCUAACCAGUUCGGUUUGUUUUUGGAACCUUUGCACCCAGUCGGAGCGUCCUGCUCUGCCACACAGGUGGUGCAUGUGGAUUGGACCUUCGGCAGCGUCAAUCUGCUUUGAUCAUGGACACGCAGACCAGACACCUAAAUCGUUCCUUUUAAUCGAAUUUCCUUCUCGUCUUGUGUGGCAGCGUUAAUGCCACAAACCGACUUCCAUCAGUUUCUGCUGAUGAUGCUUCUGUUCCUUUUGUGCUCCGUCCUUAACUUUUACUCUUGUUGAAGGGUAGUGCUUUAACCUGAUAAUGUGUAUAUUAACCUGCAAACUAUUUCCAUCUUUUACCGAGCACUCAACCUGCUGAUUACGUGGCCAUAAUCUGAUCUUGAAACUUGAACUGUGUGUGUGUGUGUGUGUGUGUGUGUGUGUGUGUGUGUGUGUGUGGAAAUAGAACGCAAAGCCAUACUCUUCUCCGAGCAACAACACACAAAUCCUGAAACAUUUAGGUAAAUGUGAUCCUACACGUUAGUCAGACAGUUUGGGAGGUGUUUGACUCUAACCGGCUGCUGGUGCCAGCUACGCAUGUAACUAACCGUCUUUGUUGGUUUCCCUCAGCUCAGUUUUCUUUGUUCUAAAUGAAUGUGCUCUGAUGAUUGUUGCUUGCAGUCUUGGUGAAGUUAAUGUUUUUUUUUUUUAGAUAAUCUAUGUGGCUAAACUCUUGACAGUUUAGCCUUAACCUUUGCCAAGCCUUAGCCAUCGGACACAUGUCAUCCUUUAAUCCUGACGCCUGUAUGAAAUGAAUCCUUCUGGAGCAUCAAAGCACCUCCCUUUCCCUAGAACCCCGUGAGGAGCAGCCAUGAAAGGGUCACAACUGUUUUAUACAUGACUUUUAAAAGCCAUAAGUAAAAAUAAAACCUACUUGUUUACAUGAUGCUAGGAAAGAAAACACAGGAUUCUUUACCCAAGUGUCCCUUUCUAACCCAGGGAUGGAUGACCCCCCCCCUCAGCCUGCAGUCUGUCACAUUGAUAUACGGUGCCUUAACACAGCCGAUGUGGAUGGAGUUCUAUCAUUUACACAGUACACACUGUUUAUCCGUAUGCCAUAUCUUUGACCAAAUGAGAGCCCCACAAAGUGUGGGGCUGUUUAUUGCACGUGAGCUCGUCAUAUCGCAGGACAUUCAAUGUGCUGCAUUGUUUUUGAGAUGCAUAAAAGUAUCUGCAGACAGCAAAGUGGCUCAAUAUGCAGAGCGUAUGAAUCUAAUCGGGCCAUGUUCUUUGAGUAGGCUCCCAUGUUCCAGAUCGCUUACUGCAGUAUGUGACUGCAGAUCUACUCAAGGUAUAUAGAUAUAAAGCCAUUUAGUUAUUUUUGUGUCAUUUUUCAUUUUCCUGUAACACCAAUAAUAUAAGAUUGAUUUCUAUUUUUGUAACGGCCAGAUGGGUAGACGUCUAAUAUUUUGGGCUCCUCUUUGUGCAUGUGUGUUUCCUCAUGUUGUUUUCCUCUGGUGUACUCGGCAGGCGACUGCCCCGCGCUGGCAUUGGCCAUUUUUUGGGAACCAAGGCCUUAUGGGGAGAAAUCUAAAUUUAUGUUUUAUAUGUAAAGUGUUUUGAUAGUGUCGAUAUUGUACGUGCAAAUGUCGUGAUGGAGCGUUUGCACUUGAGACUUCGGGGGCUCCUGUUGUAUUGGAUUCUGUCGCUUUUCUACGACAAUGAUUUUCUCAUUGAUGAAAACAUUUUUUGUUGACAUCUGCUUACUGAGAUAUGUAUUUUUUCCCAAAGGGAGGAUAACGUUAUGCACUUGGUAUUUUAUACAGGAAAUCUGACCUUUUACAAUAUAUAGCAAACCAUUGAUAAGAUUUGUGAUUAGGCACUACCACAAAAUAUUUAUUUUUUUGAAUUUAUACUAAAGCCCAAUAGAAUUGGUAACAUGUAUUGCAUUUUUGCAGUAACUUUGAACAACUGUUGAAUGUUGAUUUAAUAAUAAUAUGAAUAGCUAAUGAAAUCCCCAAAGACCAACUGAACCGUCCUUCCACUAAGUAUUUUACUGGUAUAUUUCUUCAUUGUACAUUCUAUUGAUGUUUCCUCCUCAACUUGCCCUGAAAUGUAAAAAUCUCUUUUUGAAAAAGAAAGCUUUUACUGUUUGUUCGAUGCUUUUUCAGAUGUUUACAAGCUGCUUGUCUUAAGUGGCAUAUUGAUGUUUGAGAGGUGUAGAGAAAUUGUUUAUAACUGAAGAGAUCAGUGAGACCAAUAAAAAAAAUCUCUU